GCAGCGCCGCACAGCGCCGCGCAAACUUUCCAGCUGCCGCCCCGGGUGGCCCAGGUCUGGCGGGCACCCGGUGAAGUGGCUCUUUUGGGGGUUUCCGGUGGAGCCCCUCUGCAGACGCCUUAAAGUGACAAGAGAACUUUAAAAACUGCUCCAGAGCAACCUGCGCCGAGCUCGGAGCGACGGAUCGAGACCGAGGGGAGGGAAUGCUGCGAGACCCCAGCAGCCUGUGACCUGCAACUUUCCGGCUGGACUUGGCGUCCGCGACCCACGCGUCGCCUCCUCUCAGCUCAGUGUCAGCCCACGUUGGUGUGUGGCGUGGCCCGCGAGCUUCCCCUAGUCCGAUCGGCACCCCCAGGCACAUGUGAGUGAGUGGGGGUACUUCUCCGUCUUUCCCCGGGACGUCCGCCCGCCGUUCCCCUCCCUCCGCGCGUCCCGGGCCCCGGCGCCAAAGCCAGCAGUCCGGCCGGGAGCCGGUUCUUGGAUGCUGAAUGCUGGGCGGUUGCAGCGUGCGUGCCGCGGCGGCGAUGAGUGCCCUCGAAGUGUGGCUCGGGGUGGCCCUGGCGCUGGCGGCACUGGCAGUCUUGCCUCAACAUUGUGAAGGUGCUUGUCUCUACCAGGGUUCCUUGGUGGCGGAUGCCACAAUUUGGAAGCCUGACUCAUGCCAGAACUGUCGUUGCCAUGGUGAUAUCGUUAUCUGCAAACCUGUUGUUUGCAGAAACCCUCAGUGUGCCUUUGAGAAGGGAGAAGUGCUUCAAAUUGCUGCCAACCAGUGUUGCCCCGAGUGUGUGCCAAGGACUCCUGGAUCUUGCCGCCAUGAGGAGAAAAUCCACGAGCAUGGCACAGAGUGGACCUCUCUCCCAUGCAGCGUGUGCUCAUGCGCUCAUGGGGAGGUCACGUGCUCCCACCACCUGUGCCCACCUUUGUCGUGUGGACCUCAGGAGCUGGAAUUCCUUGCUGAAGGAAGCUGCUGUCCCAUCUGCGUGGGCCCUGGGAAACCCUGUUCCUAUGAUGGCCAAGUGUUUCAGGAUGGAGAGGAAUGGCGGCUGAGCCACUGUGCCAAGUGUGUGUGCAGAAAUGGGCUUACCCAGUGCUUUGCUGCUCAGUGCCAGCCUCUGUUUUGUAACCAGGAUGAAAUUGUAGUCCGAGUCCCUGGAAAAUGCUGCCCACAGUGUUCUGCAAGGUCCUGCUCUGCAGCUGGCCAAAUAUACGAGCAUGGUGAACAGUGGACUGAAGAUGCUUGUACCAUGUGUACAUGUGACCAGGGAGAGGUCAAGUGUCACAAACAAACCUGCCCUCCACUGAGAUGUGAAAAGGGCCAGAACAGGGCCCUGCGUCAUGGGCAGUGCUGUGAGGAAUGUGUGUCCCCUGCUGGAAGCUGCUUAUCUAAUGGGACUGUGCGAUACCAGGAAGAAAUGUGGAAGAGCUCGGCCUGUGAAUUCUGCAUGUGUGACCAUGGCCGAGUGAACUGCCACACUGGAGAGUGUGCCAAAGUGGCGUGCACGCUGGGUGAAGAAUUAGUUCACUUGGAGGGAAAAUGUUGUCCUGAAUGCAUUUCAAGGAAUGGUUAUUGUGUUUAUGAACAGAAGGCAGACAUAAUAUCUUCAAAUGCAAGUAAAAUUAAACAUAUUCCAGCAGGGGAAAAGUGGAAAGAUGGUCCUUGCAAGGUGUGUGAAUGCCAAGGGACUCAGGUCACUUGCUAUGAGCCCUCCUGCCCACCAUGUCCAGUGGCCACCCUUGCCCUGGUGGCGAAGGACCAGUGCUGCCCAGACUGCACAUCAGUUCAUUGCCACCCAGACUGCCUGACCUGCUCUCACUCACCAGAGCACUGUGACCUCUGCCAGGAUCCCACCAAGUUGCUCCAGAAUGGACGCUGUGUGCACAGCUGUGGACUGGGCUUCUACCAAGCUGGCAGGCUCUGCUUAGCUUGCCAGCCUCAGUGCUCCACGUGUACGAGUGGGCUGGAGUGCUCCUCCUGCCAGCCUCCCCUCCUGAUGCAGCACGGCCACUGUGUGUCCACUUGUGGAGAUGGCUUCUACCAAGAUCACCGCACCUGUGCAGCCUGUCACGAGUCCUGUGCAGGCUGCCGGGGCCCCACCGAGAGGCAUUGUGUGGCCUGCAGGGAUCCGCUGCAAGUGCUGAGAGAUGGCAGCUGUGAGAACACCUGUGGCAAUGGCUUCUACAACAAACAGGGGACCUGUAUGGCUUGCGACCAGUCCUGUAAGAGUUGUGGCCCUGGCAGUCCCAGAUGUCUUACGUGUUCUGAGAAGACUGUGUUGUAUGAUGGGAAGUGCAUUUCUGAAUGCCCCAGUGGGUACUAUGCUGAUGCUACUGGUAGAUGCAAAGUUUGUCACCUGUCGUGUGCCAGCUGCACUGGACCUUCAUCCUCUCAUUGUACAGCCUGCAUCCACCCUCAGGUUCUAAGUCAAGGCCACUGUCUGCCUAGCUGUGGAGAGAGCUUCUAUCCUGACCGUGGAGUCUGUAAAGCAUGUCAUGUGUCUUGCCAUACUUGCGUGGGUCCUGAUCCCUCACACUGCACGGGGUGUAGGAUGCCUGAGGCAGGACUGCAGGUGGAGCGGCCCUCGAGGGCGGAUGUUCCCUCUGGCCAGUGUGUGUCGCAGUGCAGAGCCCACUUUUACUUGGAGAGCACUGGACAGUGUGAAGAUUGCCACCCAUCCUGCCUCAUGUGUGCAGGGAAGAGCUCCCAUAACUGCACAGUCUGUGGGCCAGCUCACGUGCUGCUGGAUGGGCGCUGCCUCGCUCAGUGCCCGGAGAGCCACUUUAACCGGGAAGGUACUUGUAUAGAAUGCCACCCAACCUGCAGGCAGUGCCAUGGGCCACUAGAAUCUGACUGUGUCUCCUGUCACCCUCACGUCACUCUUAACAGUGGGAGCUGUGAGACCAGCUGCAAGCAAGAGCAGUUCCUCAACCUCGUGGGAUACUGUGCUGACUGUCAUCGUCUGUGCCAGCACUGUGUGGCCAAUCUCCAUGACACUGGCAGUGUCUGCCUGAGGUGCCAGAAUGCCCGCUACCUGCUGCUUGGGGACCACUGUGUUCCUGACUGCCCUCCUGGACACUAUGCAGAGAGGGGAGCUUGUAAAAGAUGCCACUCCUCCUGCAGAACUUGCCAGAGUGGAGGACCUUUCUCCUGCUCCUCGUGUGACCCCAGCCUCGUUCUGACCCAUGUUGGUACCUGCAGCACCACCUGCUUCCCUGGGCACUAUCUUGAUGACAACCGUUCUUGCCAGCCAUGCAGCACACAUUGUCGAAGCUGUGAUUCACAGACCAGCUGUACCUCCUGCCGAGACCCAAACAAGGUGCUGCUCUUUGGGGAAUGCCAGUAUGAGAGCUGCACCUCACAGUACUACCUUGAUGUCCCUACGAAGACAUGCAAAGAGUGUGACUGGAGUUGCAACGCUUGCAGCGGUCCUCUGCGAACUGACUGCCUACAGUGCAUGGAUGGCUAUGUUCUGCAGGACGGCGCCUGUGUGGAGCAGUGCUCACCAUCAUAUUACCGAGAUGCAGGCUUCUGCAAGCGCUGUGUCAGCCACUGUGUCCAGUGCCAAGGUCCCCAUGAGUGCACACGUUGUGAAGGGCCAUUUCUCCUCUUGGAAACCCAGUGUGUCCAGGAAUGUGGAAAGGGGUACUUUGCAGACCAUGUGAAACACAAAUGCACAGCCUGCCCUUUGGGAUGCUUACAGUGCAACCGCAGGGACCAGUGUCAUCUCUGUGACCAUGGCUUCCUUCUGAAGAGUGGCCUUUGCAUGCCGCACUGUGUCCCUGGCUUUUCCACCCAUUCAUCUAAUGAAACCUGUGCUGAAAAAAUGCACACUCCUAGUCUUCAUGUGAAUGGCUCCCUGACCCUUGCCAUUGGUUCAAUGAAGCCGCUGGACUUUUCUCUCCUGAACGUCCAACACCAGGAUGGCAGAGUGGAAGACCUCCUGUUCCACAUUGUGAGCACGCCCACCAAUGGUCAGCUGGUGCUCUCAAGAAAUGGCAAGGAGGCCCAGCUAGAAAAGGCUGGCCAUUUUAGCUGGAAAGAUGUGAAUGAGAAGAAAGUGCGUUUUGUACACAGCAAAGAAAAGCUCCGGAAAGGAUACUUUUCAUUGAAAAUUAGUGACCAACAAUUCUUCUCUGAACCACAGCUGAUCAACAUACAAGCAUUUUCAACACAGGCCCCGUAUGUGCUGAGAAAUGAGGCUCUCCACAUCAACAGAGGAGAGCGGGGAACGAUCACCACGCAGCUGCUAGACAUCCGAGAUGACGACAACCCACAGGACGUGGUCGUGGAAGUGCUCGACCCUCCACUUCAUGGCCAGUUGCUCCAAGCGCUGCCAUCCCCCGCAACCCCCAUCUACCGCUUCCAGCUGGACGAGCUCUCCAGAGGCCUUCUCCUCUAUGCCCACGAUGGCUCAGAAAGCUCAUCUGAUGUUGCAGUCCUGCAGGCCAGUGAUGGACACUCUUUUCAGAAUAUACUGUUUCGUGUGAAGAAUGUCCCCAAGAAUGAUGAUGCUCUUCGCCUGGUGUCUAAUUCAAUGGUGUGGGUUCCAGAAGGAGGGAUGCUGCAGAUCACCAACAGAAUCUUACGGGCUGAAGCUCCAGGUGCCAGAAGUGAAGAUAUCAUCUAUAAGAUAGCACAUGGUCACCCCCAAUUUGGGGAGCUGGUCCUCUUGAUGAACAUGCCUGCAGACAGUCCGGCUGAGGAAGGUCAUCACCUGCCUGAUGGGAGGACUGCCUCCCCCACCAGCACCUUCACCCAGCAGGACAUCGAUGAAGGGAUUUUGUGGUACAGGCACUUCGGAGCCUCUGCCCAGAGUGACCCCAUCCACUUCCAGGUGUCCCGAACUACUGAUGCUAAAACCCACCUGGAAAGUCACUUGUUCAACAUUGCAAUCUUACCACAGACACCUGAGGCACCUGAACUCUCCCUGGGGACAUCUCUCCACAUGACCGCUCGUGAAGACAGCCUGACUGUCAUCCAGCCUCAUUCCCUGUCCUUUGUGAACACUGAGAGGCCCAGUGGAAAGAUUAUAUAUAACAUCACCCGGCCUCUGCAUCCAAAUCAAGGUAUCAUCGAACACAGGGAUCAGCCUCGCACAUCCAUCCGCUAUUUCACCCAGGACGACAUUAACCAGGGCAAAGUCAUGUACCGCCCUCCUGCUGCAGCUCCCCACCUCCAGGAGAUCAUGGCUUUCUCCUUCGCAGGUCUUCCAGAAUCGGUGAGAUUUUACUUCACAGUUUCUGACGGGCAGCACACAAGUCCAGAGAUGGCCCUCAACAUUCACUUACUUCACUCUGAUCGACAGCCACCAACAUUUCAGAUCACAGCUCCGCAGCUGGAGGUCAGCCCAGGGGGCCGCACGUUUGUAGGUCUGCAGGUGGAAGUCCAGGAUACCCAGACAGUCCCUGACGAGCUCUUCUUUGAGCUCCAGAAGCCUCCACAGCAUGGAGUCCUCGUUAAGUACACUGAGGAGACCCAGCGGCCCAUGGCUGCAGGUGACACUUUCACAUAUGAGGAUAUUGAGAAAAAUGCUCUGCAGUAUAUACACGAUGGUUCCUCUGCUCGUGAAGACAGCAUGGAGAUCUCCAUUACAGAUGGCAUGACAAUGACAGUGUCAGAAGUGAAAGUGGAGGUGUCCCUGUCAGAGGACCAAGGGCCUCGACUGGCCCCUGGCUCCCCUCUGAGCCUGACUGUUGCUAGUCAAACCACCACCAUUAUCACCAGGUCCCACCUUGCUUACGUGGAUGAUUCUUCCCCUGACCCAGAGAUCUGGAUUCGGUUAAGUUCUCUGCCUAUGUAUGGUGCUCUCUUAAGAACCUCGGGAUCCGAGGUAGAGGAACUCUCCGAAACUUCCAAUUUCACAAUGGAGGACAUCAAUAGCAAGAACAUUAGAUUCUCAACUGUGGUUGACACAGAGGGUCAUCUGCUUACAGAUAGCUUCCAUUUCUCUGUCAUUGACAUGGACCACAACCGACUGGACAAUCAGAUAUUCACCAUCACAAUCUCUCCUGUCAAGGAACCACCUCCAGUCAUUGCUUUUGCUGACCUUAUCACGGUGGAUGAGGGAGGGAGAGCCCCACUCUCAUUUCAUCAUUUCUUUGCUACUGAGGAUCAUGACAACCUCCAGGGAGAUGCCAUCAUUAAACUCAGUUCCCUGCCCAAAUACGGCUGCAUUGAGAACACAGGAACAGGGGAUCGCUUUGGACCAGGAGCCAGCAGUGACCUAGAGGCAUCAUUCCUAAUUCAAGACGUUCUGGAAAACUACAUUUACUACUUUCAGAGUGUUCAUGAAAGCAUCGAGCCAACCCAUGAUAUCUUUAGCUUUUAUGUGAGUGAUGGAACCAGCCGUUCAGAAGUUCACACUGUCAACAUCACCAUUGAGAGGAAAAACGAUGAACCUCCCAGGAUGACGUUGCGGCCCCUUGGAGUGCGGCAGAGCUCAGGAGUGACCUUGAGCAACUCUUCUUUGAGCCUACAGGAUCUGGACACCCCAGAUAAUGAGCUUAUUUUUGUAUUGACAAAGAAGCCUGAACAUGGUCAUCUCCUCCGGAGGCUUACUGCUUCUGACACUCUGGAGAACGGCACUAUUUUAGUGCAGGGCUCCUCCUUCAGCUAUCAAGAUGUCCUGGCUGGGCUAGUCGGGUACUUGCCUCACGAUCCUGGUGUGGCAGUAGAUGAGUUCUGGUUCACCCUCACUGACGGCCUCCAUGUAGACACAGGGAAGAUGGAAAUCUAUAUAGAACUGCCUACAAGUGACACUCCCCUCUUGGCUAUCAACAGAGGCCUACAGCUCUCAGCAGGGUCUGUAGCACACAUCACGAAGCAGCACUUGAAAGUGAUAGCCGCUGGCUCCGAUGACAGUCAGGUUGUGUACAUCAUAAAGGAGGAUCCUGGAGCAGGGCGCUUGCAGCUGGCUAAGCUUGACAACCGGGAGCAGAUCUCUGUUAAAGGUCCCGUCCGAAGCUUCACCCAGGCAGACCUAAGUCAAGGUCAGAUCGAAUAUAGCCAUGGAUCAGGAGAACCUGGUGGGAGCUUUGCUUUUAAAUUUGAUGUUGUUGAUGGAGAAGGAAACAAGUUAGUUGACCAGUCAUUUUCCAUCAGUGUUCUAGAAGACAAAUCCCCACCAUUCAUCAUCACCAAUAAAGGGCUGGUUUUGGACGAAAACUCAAUUAAGAAAAUCACUACCCUGCAGCUAUCGGCCACUGACCAGGAUAGUGAGCCCACAGAGCUGAUCUACAGAGUCACCGCACAGCCCCGGCUGGGCCACCUGGAACAUGCAGCGUCACCAGGUAUCCAGAUUAGUUCCUUUACUCAAGCUGACCUGACUUCACGAAAUGUUCAAUACGUCCAUUCUAGUAGGACCGAGCAGCACUCGGAUGCCUUCAGCUUUGUGUUGUCUGAUGGAGCCCAUGAGGUGACGCAGACCUUCCACAUCACUCUUCACCCUGUGGAUGAUUCCCUGCCCAUCGUGCAGAACAGGGGCAUGCGGGUGCAGGAGGGCGUGAGGAAGACCAUUACAGAGUUUGAGCUCAAGGCAACAGAUGCGGACACAGAGGCCGACUCUAUCACGUUCACCAUAGUACAGCCUCCACGCCAUGGCACCAUUGAGAGAACCACCAGGGGACAGCAUUUCCACCCCACCUCUACCUUCACCAUGGAAGACAUCUACCAGAACAGGGUCAGUUACAGCCAUGAUGGAAGCAACUCUCUCAAAGACAGGUUCACCCUCACAGUUUCUGAUGGGACCAACCCCUUCUUCAUCAUUGAGGAGGGAGGAAAAGAGAUUACCACGGCAGCACCUCAGCAGUUUCGAGUGGACAUCCUGCCAGUUGACGAUGGCACUCCUAGAAUUGUCACCAACCUGGGGCUCCAGUGGCUGGAGUAUAUGGAUGGCAAGGCAACCAAUCUGAUCACCAAGAAGGAACUGCUGACCAUGGACCCAGACACUGAGGACCCACAGCUUGUCUAUGAAAUCACAGCGGGCCCCAAGCAUGGCUUUGUGGAGAACAAGCUGCGGCCUGGCAGAGCUGCUGUCUCAUUUACCCAGGAGGAUGUGAAUUUGGGGUUGAUUCGUUAUGUGUUGCAUGAGGAGAAGAUCCAGGAACUGAUGGAUAGUUUUCAGUUUCUGGUGAAAGACAGUAAACCCAAUGAGGUCAGUGACAAUGUCUUCCAUAUCCAGUGGUCCCUCAUCAGCUUUAAAUAUGCCAGCUACAAUGUCAGUGAGAAGGCAGGAUCUGUCAGUGUCACUGUGCAGAGAACUGGGAACCUGAACCAGUAUGCCAUUGUCUUGUGUCACACUGAACAAGGCACAGCCAGCUCUACCUCCAUGGUGAGCUCCCAGCCCGGACAACAGGACUAUGUGGAGUAUGCAGGCCAGGUGCAGUUUGAUGAGCGAGAGGAUACGAAGUCUUGCACUAUUGUUAUCAAUGACGAUGACUUGUUUGAGAAUGUUGAGAGCUUCACUGUGCAGCUCAGCAUGCCAGCAUAUGCACUGUUAGGGGAGUUCACCCAGGCGAAAGUCAUCAUCAAUGACACUGAAGAUGAACCUACACUAGAGUUCAAUAAGCUGGUCUACCGGGUCAACGAGAGCGCUGGUUUUCUGUUUGCACCUAUUGAAAGAAAAGGAGAUUCAAGCAGCAUUGUAUCUGCCAUUUGCUAUACAGUUCCCAAGUCAGCUAUGGGAAGUAGCCUGUAUGCUCUAGAAUCAGGCUCUGACUUUAAAUCCAGAGGGAGGUCUGCUGAGAGUCGUGUGAUAUUUGGACCCAGUGUCACUAUUUCCACGUGUGAUGUCAUGCUCAUUGAUGACAGUGAGUAUGAAGCGGAAGAGGAGUUUGAGAUUGUCCUGACUGAUGCUUCUGACAAUGCUCGCAUUGGAAGGGUGGCGGUGGCCAAGGUGCUCAUCAGUGGUCCCAAUGAUGCCUCCACAGUUUCUCUGGGAAACACAGCUUUCACUGUCAGUGAGGAUGCAGGUACAGUGAAGAUCCCAGUUAUACGCCAUGGCACUGACCUCUCUACUUUCACAUCUGUCUGGUGUGCAACACGGCCCUCAGAUCCAGCUUCUGCCACUCCAGGAGUUGAUUAUGUCCCUAGCUCAAGGAAGGUGGAGUUUGGGCCAGGUGUCACAGAACAGUAUUGCACCUUGACUAUCUUGGAUGAUGCCCAAUAUCCAGUAAUUGAAGGACUGGAGACAUUUGUGGUUUUCCUCAGCUCAGCACAAGGGGCCGAACUGACCAAACCCUUUCAGGCCAUCAUUGCAAUUAAUGACACAUUCCAAGAUGUUCCCAGCAUGCAGUUUGCCAAGGAUUUGAUCCUAGUGAAGGAGAAGGAGGGUGUCCUGCACGUUCCCAUCGUCCGGAGUGGAGACCUGAGCUAUGAGUCAUCUGUGAGGUGCUACACUCAGAGCCAUUCAGCUCGGGUCAUGGAAGACUUUGAGGAGAGAAGAAAUGCAGACUCUUCACGGAUUACAUUUCUGAAAGGGGAGAAGGUAAAGAACUGCACUGUCUAUAUCCAUGAUGACUCCAUGUUUGAGCCUGAGGAGCAGUUCAGGGUCUUCCUUGGCCAUCCUCUUGGAAACCACUGGAGUGGAGCCAGAGUUGGGAAGAACAGCAUGGCCACCAUCACCAUAUCCAAUGAUGAAGAUGCCCCUACCAUUGAGUUUGAAGAAGCUGCGUACCAAGUCCGGGAACCAGCAGGAUCUGAUGCCAUUGCGGUUCUGAGCAUCAAGGUGAUCCGCAGAGGAGAUCAGAAUAGAACCUCCAAGAUUCGUUGCAGCACACGGGAUGGGUCUGCACAGUCUGGUGUGGACUAUUACCCAAAGAGCCGAGUCCUCAAAUUCAGUCCUGGUGUGGAUCAUAUCUUUUUUAAAGUUGAGAUCCUGUCCAAUGAAGACCGGGAAUGGCAUGAAUCUUUCUCUCUAGUCCUUGGCCCAGAUGACCCAGUGGAAGCAGUUCUUGGGGACGUGACCACCGCCACAGUGACGAUUCUAGACCAGGAGGCAGCAGGAAGUCUUAUAUUGCCUGCACCACCCAUUGUGGUCACACUGGCUGACUAUGACCAUGUAGAAGAGGUUACCAAGGAAGGGGUCAAGAAAGCCCCAUCUCCAGGCUACCCUCUGGUGUGUGUCACCCCCUGUGACCCUCACUUCCCUAGAUACACCAUCAUGAAGGAACGCUGCCACGAGGCUGGCAUUAACCAGACAUCUGUGCAGUUCAGCUGGGAAGUGGCUGCCCCCACUGAUGGCAAUGGGGCUCGGUCUCCCUUUGAGACCAUCACUGACAACACCCCAUUCACCAGUGUCAACCACAUGGUCCUAGACAGCAUUUACUUCAGCCGGAGGUUCCAUGUGCGUUGUGUGGCAAAGGCUGUGGACAAGGUGGGCCAUGUGGGGACCCCCUUAAGGAGCAACAUUGUUACCAUUGGAACAGACAGUGCUAUCUGCCACACCCCAGUUGUGGCUGGGACAGCUAGAGGCUUCCAGGCUCAGUCCUUCAUCGCAACCUUGAAAUACCUGGACGUCAAACACAAGGAGCAUCCAAACAGAAUCCACAUUUCGGUGCAGAUCCCACACCAGGACGGAAUGCUGCCUCUCAUUUCCACGAUGCCACUGCACAACCUGCAUUUCCUGUUAUCUGAGUCCAUCUAUAGACACCAGCAUGUCUGCUCCAAUUUAGUCACCACCCACGAUCUGAGAGGCAUCUCAGAGGCAGGGUUCCUGGAAGAUGCCGGGUACCACAGCACCGCCCUGGGGCCCGGCUACGACCGCCCCUUCCAGUUUGACCCGAGCGUGCGGGAGCCCAAGACCAUCCAGCUCUACCGACACCUGAACCUCAAGAGCUGCGUGUGGACCUUUGACGCCUACUACGACCUGACGGAGCUCAUCGACGUCUGCGGGGGCUCUGUGACCGCGGACUUCCAGGUGAGAGAUUCUGCUCAGUCAUUCUUGACAGUGCACGUGCCUCUCUAUGUGUCCUACAUCUAUGUGACAGCCCCUAGGGGCUGGGCCUCCUUGGAGCACCACACUGAGAUGGAGUUUUCCUUCUUCUAUGACACAGUUCUUUGGAGAACAGGAAUCCAAACCGACAGCGUCCUCUCUGCAAGGCUUCAGAUCAUAAGAAUCUAUAUUCGAGAGGAUGGCCGUCUCGUCAUCGAAUUCAAGACUCAUGCCAAAUUCAGAGGACAGUUUGUGAUGGAACAUCACACACUACCAGAUGUGAAGUCUUUCAUAUUGACUCCAGACCACCUAGGAGGAAUUGAAUUUGACCUCCAGCUCCUAUGGAGUGCUCAGACAUUCGAUUCUCCAUACCAACUCUGGAGAGCCACAAGCUCAUACAACAGGAAGGACUACUCGGGAGAAUACACCAUCUACCUGAUUCCUUGCACCGUGCAGCCCACACAGCCAUGGGUGGACCCAGGAGAGAAGCCUAUAGCCUGCACUGCACAUGCCCCAGAAAGGUUCCUGAUACCCAUUGCCUUCCAGCAGACCAACCGCCCCGUGCCUGUCGUGUACUCACUCAAUACUGAGUUUCAGCUCUGCAAUAAUGAGAAGGUGUUCCUGAUGGAUCCCAACACCUCUGAUAUGUCACUGGCAGAAAUGGAUUACAAAGGAGCCUUUUCAAAAGGUCAAAUUCUUUAUGGCCGAGUCCUUUGGAAUCCAGAACAAAACCUCAAUUCUGCUUACAAACUCCAGCUGGAGAAGGUCUAUCUUUGUACUGGCAAGGAUGGCUAUGUGCCUUUCUUUGAUCCUACGGGGACCAUCUACAAUGAAGGGCCACAGUAUGGUUGCAUUCAGCCAAACAAACACCUGAAGCACAGAUUCCUGCUAUUGGACCGCAGCCAGCCAGAGGUCACUGAUAAGUUCUUCCACGAUGUGCCUUUCGAGGCCCACUUUGCUUCUGAGUUGCCUGAUUUCCAAGUGGUCAGUAGCAUGCCAGGUGUGGACGGAUUUACUCUGAAAGUAGAUGCUCUCUAUAAGGUGGAAGCAGGACACCAGUGGUAUCUCCAGGUGAUCUACAUCAUUGGCCCAGAUACCAUGUCAGGGCCCCGGGUCCAGCGCUCUCUCACAGCCUCUCUAAGACGCCAUCGGAGGGACCUGGUGGACCCCAGUGGCUGGCUGAAUCUUGAUGAUUCCCUCAUCUAUGACAAUGAAGGGGACCAAGUCAAGAAUGGUACCAAUAUGAAAUCCCUUAAUCUGGAGAUACAAGAGCCCAUUAUAGCUGCUUCCCUGUCCCAAACAGGGGCAUCAAUUGGCAGUGCUCUGGCUGCUAUUAUGCUUCUACUCCUGGUGUUUCUCGUGGCUUGUUUCAUUACCAGGAAAUGCCAGAAACAGAGGAAGAAACAACCCACAGAGGACACUUUGGAGGAAUACCCUCUGAAUACCAAGGUGGACGUAGCCAAGAGGAACCCAGACAGGGUAGAGAAGAACGUGAACAGACAGUACUGCACUGUGCGCAAUGUCAACAUUCUGAGCGACAGGGAGGGGUCUUACACAUUCAAAGGUGCUAAAGUAAAAAAGUUGAAUCUGGAAGUCAGAGUCCACAACAACUUACAGGAUGGAACAGAAGUUUAACAAGGAGACAGACCCAUGUGUAUUUUUUUUUCUAAAAUCAUUUUUAUAAAACGUGGAGAAAUACUGGUAUUUUUAUAAUCUUGCAGAUUAAAAAAGAAAGGGAAAACCAUAGCUUUGAGUGGCGGACAACACACAUCACAUACAUCAACUCACAACUGAGCUACCUCAUGAAACAAAGAACUGCUGAGACCCCCAGAGUCCUGGAGUAGAAUUGGUCCCUGUAACAGUCUCAGUGGCCACACAGGACUCCUCUGUAAGGCUGAUUGCAGAAAACAGGGGCUUUAGUAUCAGGAUUGGUGCUGGACAGGUAGCUUAGCUAUGAGUUUGGAGGCCUGGGAGUUGACAAUGGCAGAUCUCUGGGGAUGUGAGAGGGGUGCAGGGCCUUUGACUUCCUCCCCCACCCUGGUUUUCUCCUUCAUGGCCUUUUCUUAGACUUCUAGACAGCAGAAUCCAAAUUGCUGACACUCAGAUUCCAUUAAAAAUUCUUCUAAUCAGCACAGUUUAGACAAUUGUGCAUUGUUUUCACUUGAUGGAUGUGUGCCCUGACCUCUAAAUACACUUAGCUUUUCUACAGCAUUUUCAUAUACAGGUCUUAGUGUGCAUUGCAUUAGGGUACUUCUCUAUGGGUAUUUACCUAGGGGGAGGCCAGAAGCCCAUACAGAGGAGGAGUCUGGCCCUGAGGAAGGAUGCUGCAGAGUACCACAGUCUUUGUAUGCCAGAGAUGCCCUUUGAAAGUCAUCCACACUUCCCUGCUAUCUAUCUGAGGCUUUGCUCUGUCCAGUAAUACAAGCCAAUGUGCUAGCUAUGAGUGAGUUUUUAACUUAGUUAGUAUUGCAGAAAGGUGACUCAUUUAAAGAAAACAAAUUAUUAGAGGAUGGAGUGAAACCAGACUUAACAGGAGGAUGCUGGUCCUCCUUGCUGUGUGUCACACAGCAGAUGGAGGCACAGUCUUUGAUGCAGUAUUUCAGGGAUUGCACUUUGGGGGUUCUUUUCUGGUAGCUCAGGCUCUUAUUUUUACCAUAUCAGCACAUGACAAGGCCAUAAACACAUGGCUUUAAAAUAAUUUAGUGUUCAAAUAAUCAGCUUAAAUAUUGUGUGUGUGGCACGCACACGACUUGCCUUUGUUUCUGCCCUAUAGGCAAAACCAUAAGCAUGCACAUAUGUUUUUCAUUGGAGGAACAGUUCUGUUGCUCAGGAGAAACGGUGUCCUCCUCAUGCAUGGCACUCCCUAGCACUGAGAAAAUAACAGAGCAUCCACAUCAUGUAAUAUUUGUAUUAGAAUGGCCCAACUCUUUAAGAACAUUCCAAGCUGGCACUGAAAGGUUAGAAUGAAUAAACCAUGAAAAGUUGCAGGUGACUCUACAGACUUCAAAUUUGAGAGCAGGACCUGUGUGAGCCACACCCUUCCUUCUUCAAUAGUGCCUUGCACAUGAUAAGCACUCCAGAAGUGUUUACUGAGUAAAUGAAUGAACGGUGUGAUGGGUGCAUGGCAGAGGAGUAAUUUGGGAAGAGGAGAUGAGGAAGUAUAGUGGCAAUAUCACAGAAGAGUCCUCUGUUUUAUUGGCUUACUAAAUAGUCCUGCAACUAGGACAAUACCCCAUAACUUUAGGCAGUCCUGAUUGUCAGUGGUCCUCUGGAAGCAGGAAUAGAAAGAUUAUAGGAAUGAAUGGGCAGGAGGCGACACUGGGAGUCAGCAUGCAAAACCAAAAUGGGAGAUUUAGAGGGGAGAGAUUUUGCAUUCUGAGAGGAGUGCAAUGUUUUCAGAGGGAGGAUAGGGUGAGCCAAGAAACUCCUGGCAGAUGCUUCCUACCAACUUGUAUGAUUCUGGGCAGAGCUGCUGUUAUAGCCCUGGGACACCUGGAGCUGAUGAGGCAGGGAUUGGAUCUUCUCCAGAAUCACCUAAAGUGUGAAUGCUAAUUCUGCAAGAACGUGGAGCCAAUCAUCUGCAGGGAAACUUUCAACUUGGCCUAUUAUUUGCCACUUUACCUAUGGCCAGCAUGUUCACACAUUAGAGCAGCCAUUUUUUAUUUGCUCUAGUGUGAGGAGUUAAUACAAGUGGUGGAAUGAACCUGGCGUGGGGAGAGAAGCAACCAAGGGGUCUGCAUAUGAGGACCCGGAGAUGGAGAACUUCAUGGGAAAGCACUGGUAAUAUUCCUGCCUCCCCACUGCAGACAUUUCCUUGAAAGUGAAUACUUCUCUAGUGGAUGGACACUUCUUAAAUUGAAGUGUUAAGAGAUGUGGAGUUGACAUUUGCCAGUUUGAUGCAGAAAUGUUCAUUUCACUUACAAUUUCUACUAGGUCUUUGAGAUCAGAUUGACGACUAAUGUGGAUUCUAUCUCAGUGGAAACUCUGCUUUCAACUUCUCUUACUUGUUCACUAUUGCCUUGUGUGUGUGUGUUACUAACCUUUUAUACCACACCUUCAGGUGAGGAGGAACAAAACCCCCUCAGGAGUUGUGACUUGCUCUCUUAUGCUGGCUGUGCAGGUUAAAAGAAAUAAUGGUCUGCACCAUUUUUCCACCUCACUGCCCUUUUAUUGUGCCCAGGCUUCCUGCAGUUUCCCAUUGUUGGUUGGGAAAUCAUGUGGGAAAGUUGUUUGCACAGUCUUGAUACUCACGUUCAGUCUCCUGUAGGGAUUUAUGACUCUAGGUACUACACACCUGCUCAGACUGAGAAACAUAUCUGUGGUGCUGUCAACCUUUUGAGUUCCUGACCCUCAAAUGAUGUUUGUAUUUCCAAUAUGAACUUGUGUGUGAUCAGUUUCUGAUUUCUCCAAUGGCUUAUGCCACUAUAUAAAUUUGUAUUAAUAAUAAAUGGCAGAUGGGUUGUCUUU